CAUUGACUGAUUGACAUCUCCAUGGAUGACUUUCUGCUGAGUCUGCCUGUCCGUCAGUGUCAUUGUCCCAUGUCCAUCAACAAACAUUGUACACACACACAUAUACAGACAUACACACACACAGGCAUGCAUUUCCAUUCUCUACAUCGACCGACCAGUGGCACACGCACUCCACUCCCGCGCUGUCUGUCUCUUGUUUCAGUCAAUUCCAGGUGCCAUUUGGGGGGAGUCUUGGUGACGGAGGCACGCUGGGCGGUCGGGACGUGACUGCACCCGCCUCCACACCCUCAAACUGAAUCUCAUACAGCACGUCCUGUGCAGCACACCGUACACAGGGAGGAAGGAAUUGUUUCCAGAGGAGCCGUGCUUGGUGUGUGUGGUCAAUCUCACCCGGCCGGCCCACCCACCUGCAUUUUGAGUUUCGCCGACCUGACGGAGAUGUAUGAGUCCUUCGGCUGGACCAGUUUGCCCCUGACCCACUUUUUGAAGUACACUCGGUAUGACGGGUGCGACUGGUGCAGCACCUCCACUUGAGCUGACGUGACAUGACCGCACCCAACCCCAGACAGAGACAGAGACACGCACAUGCACUUAUGGUCAUCUUUCGACGCGCGCAUGUCUUACUUUUCGGCUCAUACUGGUUCCAGAUUCUGAUGUAAACAUCGGUGUGCUGGACCGAGUACAUGAAGGCCAGGUGGUCCAUCUGUGUCUGCCCCACGAGGUACCCGUGAGGCUCUUCCCACACGGAUGGCGCCAGGCAGUGCAGAUCGGACAGGAGCCUGUUCCGACGGUCACCGUGGCCAUACUCAACCUUCUCUACUUCGGAAGCAAACCGAUGCGCGCACUCCAGCAGCUCACUGGGCAGCGAACAAGCAGACGCAGAGAAACAGAGAGAGAGAGAGACAUAAAGGGAGGCGCCAGUGAGUGCAGACAGCACCGACCGGCAUGUGCUCUUGGAGAAGGUGCCAUUGUUGGUGGCCGGCUGCUGCUGGGAUGAGUUUUGCUGCUCAUCGUCCUUGCCCUCGUCGAUAUUGUGGUGUGAGAAGAGGCCGCCGAGCCAGACGCCGAAGCGCCCCACUGCAUCGCCCACGUCGGUGACUGAGCUGGUGGGACUGCCGGCCGUCUUGCGCUUCUCGCGGGCGGCGUCCUGCAUCAGCUGCGUGAACAACAGGCUGCAGACAGACAGAGAGGAGGGCAACAUAAACAAGGAAGGACACAUUCGCACCGCAUCCACAGGUGCCCAGCCCAUAUGUGAGGGCUCCACCUGCUGGUCCAAUUGCCGAGUUCCAUCAUGAUGGAGCCUGCAGUGUCGAUCCUCUGGGACUUCAGCUCGAUCCAUAUCCUGCCUGCAGUAAGACACAGAGAGAAGGGGCGGACAAUGUCAAUGGCCGGCCCGCCGACAGUCAGACAACCACAUGGGUGGGCGCACCGCGCACCAGUUUUGACUUCUAUAGAUGUGACGCCCUGUCUUGUGCUCGGGUGGAAGGAGAACGUCUUGGUCUUGAGCGCCUCCUUCAUCAGCUUCCUCAAAUCCAGACUUAUUCUUUCCCUCAAGGCCCUCUCCCCCUCCCCAGCCGCCGGAUGGCCCGACACACUCAUCAUCAUCAGCAAAAUCUCCACAAACCUCCGCGUCACUUCCGCGUCGACCGACGGAUGCACGAGGGCGUAUGCGUGCUGCGCGGUGAAGUUAUCCCUCUCCAGUGCGAACAGGACGUCCUCCGGCACUCCUGGCAGCGGCUCCUGCUUGGGCGGCACCACAAUGCUCGGCGCAGGGAGGGGAGGUUUGGGGGGCCGGGGAGGGAGGGGGUGAGCUGAUGCCGGCCGAGAUACAGAGGCAGCGACGGCCGGCUGGACGGCUUCGGCGUCCAAGAACCCCUGGGAGAGAGACAUGAGCGGAGGAAUCGUCACCCCGAUCGGCCUGUCGGCCUCUCGCGAUUCGCCCUGAACAGUUAUUGUUGGCAUCUCUGGCGAUGCAAAGCCGCUGGCACCAUAAUAGGGCGCGAAAGCUGGCGGGGCGCCGCCGGCGGCCGGUGGAGGGGGUGGGGUCUUCUGCAGCUGUCUUUGCAGCGCAAAGAUGGUGCGGUGGUGCUUCUCAUUGAUGUACAGCACACAGGCCAGCAGAAGGAAAACGAAGACCACCAGAAUCGCCCACUCCUGCGCAACAACACCUAAUUCUCCUCACAGAGUCUCCUGCCUGCCUGCCUGCCUGUGUGUAGAUGUAUACUCGUGUCUCACCAGCCAGAAGUUCCAGUCACUCAGCUGCGUGGGCCCUGUGGAGCCCUCCAAGAGGGCGACAAAGAGGAACCCCGGCAGGCUGGCCAGGAGAGGCACAUAGAAGGCUACGCCAUAGAAGGACGCCAGGAUGCCGAUAUAGAUAAGAAAGAAAGGCAGCAGCGUGCUCGAGUGGGGGAUGAGCGGCACGCCGUCAAAAUUGCAAUCGACCUCCACUGUCCUUUCCACGGGCGCAGUCGCGAGACACGUCACAGUCUCUCUGCAGAAGUCAUCGUGCUUUAGGCCGAGCAUCAGCGCCACCAGCCUGUCGCAAGAUAUGGGCCACACGAUGAGAAGAGCGCAGAAGUACGGCAGCAUCGGCACCCGCUCGAGCGCCUUUGGCGGAAGAAUGGGAUAGAUGCCGCCCAGAAUGACAAGGAAAGCCUGAACGCCGAUCUGAAUGCCGAACAGGGUGUCUCCCAGAUUGUCGGUGUCCUCCUCUUUGUUGCCGUAUAGCAUCCAUGACCGCAUAAUGAACAAGCCCAUCUGCACAAACAGUGCGGCCACGCCGAUGCGGAAGGCCCGCGUCGAGGGGUCCAACCGCGCCCUCUGCUCCCUCCAGAAAGCCUUCUCGAGCUCCUUGUCCUCGAACCGCAUCAGAAACAACUGCUUGGGCAUCAUGGCAGCCAACGCAGUACUCGUCGUCUCUGCCGGUUUGGCUGCGGCCUCCAGGUCAAUGCCGUCUGGUGGCGGGGCAGUGGGCGUCUGCUGGGGAGAGCUGCUGAAUGGGUUCGCCAUGACGCAGCCCUUACGAUAACCGGAGUACGUGCUGCGGCAGGUGAACGCCGCAGCCAAACGAGGACGAGACCCAGUGCAGUGCCAUCUUG